AUGGAGUUCAUCAGACGAUAUUACGGUGAAGCCUUGACACUCAUCUCUCCGACAUUCACUUCACGUGCCGUGAAUCGUUCCGCAUUGGAGCUGAUAUGGCUUGCCCUCGCUCAGAGCUCAAAUUCUUCUGUAUCCUUGCCGAGCGUAAUAGGUUUUGCCAACGAGUCAGCACUGGAACUAUUCGCCACUCAAAAUCCAACGGAGGUGAUCGCUGGAAUUGUCUUCGAGGACAUCUCUCCUACAGCUACAACUCUCGAUCCUGUGGUGAAAUACAAGAUUCGCCAGAUUCCCGCAUUUACGCCGACUACUGCAGGAGCUCGUGAUGUUCAUACGUAUUUUACUGGUCCGCGAGAUUGGGAUGACUCUUACUAUUCAUAUGGAUUCUUAUGGCUACAGGAUGCUGUCGAGCGCGCCAUAAUAUCUGUGAUGACGGGUAUGUCUAUUGUGGAACCGGGAGCUGGCAUGGAACAGAUGGCCUACCCAUGUUUCAGAUACGAUAGAUUUUUGAUAGACAUGCAUGCUGUAAUUCCGUUGAUUCUUGCACUGUCGCACCUGUUCACAGUUGGAAAUUUGGUAGAGAACAUCGUCUACGAGAAGGAGCACGGUCUCACAGGAGGUAGUUUCCUAGAAUCAAGUCCUGUAGCGGAGAAGUUGAGAAGCUGA